AUGAGGAAGCUGGAGAACCCGGAGAUAAACCCAUAUGACCAAGUGGGUCACUGUCCCUUUUACAACACAGUAGCAAAGAAGAUGGAUUCUCGUGUGUGCUCAGGGAAACACUGUCCUGAAGAGGUGUACACAUCUGAUGCCGUUUACAAAUACACUGGUUGCCAGCAGUUUGCUCUUGGCUCAAGCAUGACUACGCCCACGGGUCCCCUUGCCAACACGCCAAUGUCAGACACCUCUGAUAAUGCUAUCAUUGCUGGUUCAGUAAUAUCAGUGUUUGCUGUCAUUCUACUGGGUAUUCUGGGAUUUAUUCUAUGGAGAAAAAAGAGAUGUAAAAUUCUACGAAUAUUAAGACAUAUAAUUAUGCUUACAGAACCACUGAUACAAUAUGAAAUAGACUAUGCUGCUCUAGAGAAAAUCACUCCAAAGGAGCUCAAUGCUGAUAACGACUUAAUUUCUCGGUGCCAGGAUUAUCUUGAAACACGUGGUAAUACGCUAGCGUUGAUUGGAAAAUUGGGAAGCGGAAAAAGGACUAUUGCAUCUCAAAUAACCAUCAGACUCGCCAAGAACGACAAGAAAUUGAAAAUUAAAAUAGUAAGAAAUAGAGAUGUCAUAUCUGAAGGUUUGAAGACAAGACAUUCAACAUUUAUAAUCAUAAAUAACCCAUUUAAAACAUGGUUCACAUCUAAGCAUGUCGACGAAAUAAUCGGCUGUUUAUUAGACAUUUAUGUAAAUGCCAAAAUAAAUAAUUCUUAUAUCAUAGCCAUUUUCGAUUACAAUGAUUGGAAUUCAUUUAAAUCGCAAAUCGGUGACAAGAAUACCACAAUGAAAUAUAUAUUCCCACAGAGAGAGAGUAUUUGUAAUGAAAUUACAAAAAUGACAGAAAUGGCAAAGAGCAAUAAUAAAGACAUAUCCAGUGUAAGAUUUAUAUCGGAUGAGAGAAACAUAGGAGACCCUCUUAUGGUGACUCUGUUCCUGAAAAAUAGUGAAUUUAAAAAUUACCAUUUCUUAUCCAAUCCAACCAAGUUUGUUUUUGAAAAACUGAAAACUUUGGAAAAGUCAUCGGAACUAGCAUUUAAAAUUAUGGUUUUUUUCGUUUUUCAUAAUGAAGAAAUCGCUAAAACGGAUUUGGAUGACAUCUCACAGUACGCAUUGUUUGCCGAUUUAAAGAAGAUGGAUGACGAGGCAUCCAUUAAUGGAUGUAUUGAACAUUUGCUUGACCUCUUCAUUGAAGAAACAGCAGACGGACGAUCUUACCGCAUUUUGCAUGACGUCAUUACAAGGUGUACAUUUCUCGCUGCUUUUGAAAAUCAUAUGACCUUACUAUUGACAGAAUGCAACCCAAUAUUAAUAUUUGAUUGUACUCGAGUAAAAUCGACCGUUCAAAAAUUAAAAUCGGGACAAUUAGCUUAUGAUUUCAGUAGCAUAAGUGUUGGAAUUCCUUCGGAUAUAUAUCCAGAAGUAGCCAGACUGAUUUAUCAACGAACAGAAAUGAGUGAAGUCUUACAAAACAGCAAAUUAUAUGAGGAUAAAAAAUUUCAGGAUGAAUGGAAUAAGACUGAACAAUACUUUACAAAUGAAAUACAUGUAGAAAUUAAGACAGUUAACUGACCAGUUUUAGUAUGAUUAUACGAGAAUCGUAGAAUAUUUGUGAAUACGAAUUAAAAUUCAGGGACUACCUAAAAAGUAAAGUUGUACAACAUUCUCGUGUACAUGUAAAUGAUAGGAAUUAUCAGAUACUCAAUGACGCCUACUGACUUCGCAAUGUGCUUGCCUUGUUAACAUUGUUUA